AUGCAGACAUCUGGUCUGGGUGUUGUGCCGAAGUCCAGUGGAAAACUUCGUGUGAUACAUGACCUGUCGUCUCCCGAUGGCAGCAGUGUCAACGAUGCUAUACCACGCGGGCAGUUCAGCCUGCAUCACGACUCCGUGGACACCGCAAUUGCCGCCAUUAUGCGCCUCGGCAAGGGCUCCCUCUUGACAAAGGUAGAUAUCCGUAAUGCAUUUCGCCUGUGUCCCGUCGCCCCCUCGGACUGGCAUCUUCUCGAGAUCCGUUGGAACGGCAUGUACUAUUACGAGAAGGUCCUUCCAUUUGGUCUCCGCUCCUCACCAUUCAUCUUCAACCAGCUGGCAACGGCUAUCAACUGGGUCCUUGUCCAUGUCGGCUUCUUGCCCGACGUAAUGCACUACCUCGAUGACUUCCUCGACAUCUGCCCACCAAGCUCCUCUCUGGCGGCCAAGCACAAGGCCAUCAUCUUCUUGUUCCAGUUCUUGAACAUACCUGUCGCCACAGAGAAAGUCGAGGGCCCUUCCACUGUCCUCACCUUCCUCGGUUUGGAACUGGACACCGAUCGCUUGGAAGUGCGUCUGCCUCAGUCCAAGCUUCUGGCCCUACGUCGUUUAGUCUCUACCACCCUCGACAAGGGUUGCGUUCUCAAACGCGAACUGGCCUCACUCCUGGGCCACCUCUCGUUCGCUUCCAGAGCAAUUCCUGCCGCCCGUACAUUCUUACGCCGCCUGUAUGACCUCGACAAGGCCACAUCUGAGAUGUCAUCUCACCGAAUGCUGCACCUCUCAGCCUCAGCCAAGGGCGACCUGAGCUGGUGGCACCAGACUCUGUCAACAUGGAACGGAAAGUCAUUUUUCCUGCUGGAGAAGUGGAUGCCCAGCGCUGACCUCCAGUUGCAAACCGACGCAAGUGGCACCAUUGGAUUUGGAGCCUUCUUCAAUGGUCGCUGGUUCAGAGGUGACUGGUCUCCGCAGCAACUGGAACUAAGCAUUACCUACAGGGAGCUCUUCGCCAUUGUCGCGGCCUGCGCCACAUGGGGGAUCGAGUGGCUGCGGCUGCGUGUGGAGUUUCAGUGCGACAACCAAGCUGUCGUGGAGUGCCUGAAGACGGGCACGAGCCGGUCUCCUGCAGUCAUGGCACUCAUCCGCACCCUGUACUCAAUCUGUGUGAAGCACAAUUUCCUGAUCCGAGCAUCGCACCUGCCAGGAAUUUUAGGGCUCACAGUUGCGUACAUUCAACAUCAGCGCCAUUUUGUUCCACGAGGUGCUGGCGUGAUCAGUGAAAACCGUGUUUCAGCCAAUCACCGGGCUUGGAAUUUUGAAUAUUUUUUGAAUCUUCUAUCGAUUCGUUCUAAAGAUCGACUGGCCGGAGAGCCAUGA